AUGGCCGAGGAACAUCGCAAGCACCUCUUCUGCCUUCGAGAAAUAAUCUCAUCAGUAAAAGGACACAAACGCCAAAGACAUGGAGGUCACCACCACAGGCGUAGAAAGUUGUGGCGAGGCCGUCAUGAAACGGAAAGCAGCUCGUCCAUCUCCAGCGACCCUCCAGAAGACCCCAUUACGGCCCCAGAAGAGCCUCCCUCGGCUCGUACAGAAGAACCUUCUCCCGGUCUCCCGGAAAGCAAAAAUUCACCAUCGGGUCAUGGCGAUGACCAGGCCUCGGAGCCAGAAAUCGAGGAACCUUUCCCAGGUCUUGCAGAGAUUCCAGGGCUUCUAACAAAUUGCUUCCAAAAGCACAACAAAUCAUACCUUGGCUACGCAAGCUGCAAGAAGCUCAAUGGUCCCUAUAUCGAGAUUACUCUCAUCGACUGCGAGUACCGCCAAUUGAUCACCACGCAGUCCUCCAUCCCAUAUGUGGCACUGAGCUAUGUCUGGGGUCCGAAUACGAAAGUUGUCCCACUAGUCGAAGGGCAGAAGCUUGCCCAAAGAGUAUCCCGCUCCAUAGAGGAUGCAAUGGUCGCGACGCAGUACUUAGGGAUGCGGUACCUGUGGGCGGACCAGUACUGCAUCAAUCAGGAGAAUUUGGCAAUCAAGCAACGGCAGAUUGACGAGAUGCACGAGGUUUACAGUCACGCCGAGCUGACCAUUAUAGCCGCCGUGGGCGGCGAUGCCGAGGCCGGAUUGGCGCCUCUAUGCUCACCAUCGGAGGCCGGAACGUCCUGGUAUAAUGUCGACACAGAUAGCUCUGCGAGCCUCUCCUCGGCUGACACCAAUGCCAAGGACGAGCGACUCGCCUCGGCGCUCGACGCCAUUGCCGGCUCCGUUUGGAACACGCGCGGAUGGACGUACCAAGAGUCGUACGUGUCGCGCCGCAUCCUUGCCUUCCACGCCCGCGGGAUCUACUACGAGUGCAGCGCUAUGGCCCCGUUCUACCUUGAGCAGACCGAGGUUUCAGAGACCCUGCGAGCCAGUGAUAGGUUUUGGACCGGCAGGUCGCUCGCCAAUGGACCAACCCAGCGAGCCUUUGCCACGGGGCCUUGGAUAGAAAUACUCAGCUGGUUGGCGUAUCUAGUGGGCGCGUACUCGCGCAGAAACUUGACCAAGUCAGAAGAUGCACUAAAUGCAUUUGGGGCCGUGCUCAACAACUUUGACGGAUUGGAAUGGUGCCCGUUUGCGGACAUGGACGAGUGGCGCGACCGCGAUGAGCGAUGGUGUAUCGGCAUCGUGCAAGGUCUGCCCUUUCAUUACAAGCCAGAUGAGUAG